AUGAUCAUCGUUGGCGUGAUUGUCAUAUUCUACACUCUCAUGCCCUUUGGGAGCGCGGACGAGGAACCGGUGAGCAGGGUCAUCACCCUCGCCAAGAACAACCAACUGGAAAAAAUCGAAGUGAACGGUGACAAGCUCACCGUUUAUCGCACCAACGGUGAGACCUUCAAGAGCAAGCUCGAGAAGGGCGACAGCAUCACCUCCCUGCUGCUGGAAAGCGGGGUGAAUAUCGGAGAACCCGGCGUCGAAAUCUAUUCCACAGGAUCCAGCGGGCUGUCCAGCAUCUUUGGUCUCCUGCUGAACUUCCUGCCAUUGAUCUUCUUCGGCGGGCUGAUCCUGUUCAUGAUGCGACAAGCCCAGGGCAGCAACAACCAGACCUUGAGCUUCGGCCGAAGCCGGGCGCGUAUGGUGCCCUUCAACCACCCCACCGUCACUUUCGCUGACGUGGCCGGUGUGGAGGAAGCCAAGGUGGAACUGCAGGAAAUCGUAGAGUUCCUGAAAUUCCCGGAGCGCUUCCUGGCUCUCGGCGCACGUAUCCCCAAGGGGGUGCUGUUGGUGGGACCACCGGGCACUGGUAAGACCCUGCUGGCCCGGGCCGUCGCUGGCGAAGCCGGGGUUCCUUUCUUCCACAUCAGCGGCUCCGAAUUCGUUGAAAUGUUCGUCGGUGUCGGCGCCGCCCGUGUGCGCGACCUGUUCGAACAGGCCAAGCGCAACUCGCCAUGUAUCGUAUUCGUGGAUGAAAUUGACGCCGUGGGUCGGCACCGCGGGGCCGGGCUCGGCGGUGGCCACGACGAGAGGGAACAGACGCUCAACCAGAUUCUGGUUGAAAUGGAUGGGUUCGAGACCAACACCAACAUCAUCGUGAUCGCGGCCACCAACCGCCCCGACAUCCUAGACCCCGCUCUGCUCCGUCCCGGGCGCUUCGACCGUCGCGUGACUCUUGACCUGCCCGACCUCGCAGGACGCAGGGACAUUCUCCGGGUUCACGCCGCCGGCAAACCCUUGGCCCCCGAAGUCGCCUUGGACACCGUGGCCAAGGAGACCCCAGGAUUCAGCGGCGCCGACCUGUCAAACCUGGUCAACGAGGCUGCCAUCCUGGCGGCUCGCCUGAACAAGAAGUCCAUCUUCAUGUCCGAGUUUGAGGAAGCGGUCGACCGUAUCAUCGCCGGUCCCGAGCGUAAAAGCCGCCUCAUAAGCCGCCGCGAGAAAGAGAUGACCGCCUACCACGAGGCCGGCCACGCCUUGGUGGCUUGGGCGCUUCCCCACGCUGACCGCGUCCACAAGAUAUCCAUCGUCUCUCGCGGGUCCAUGGGCGGGCACACCUCCCUGUUGCCGGAUGAAGACCGCUACCUGUGGACCAGAACAGUUCAGCAUCGACAGUGCUGUCGCGUACAUAGGGAGGUCACGGUGGCCGAGGAGCAGUCAAUUCUCGACGAGUCACCACCGGCGCCAGCAACGACAUCGAGCGAGCCACCAAAAUUGCUCUGGGCAUGA